AUGGGACCACAGUUCGACUAUUGUCUGCGAGCGACCAACAACCCCUCAUAUUUUGCCUUCCCGGACAAAGAUGUCGCCGAUAGCGCUGGAGCUUCUUCAAGUACGGGUACCGAGCAAUGCUCACGCUCUGCCCCUACGCGGACCUGGUCAGACAGUAUACGUCCGUUGAGCUCUCCUCGCCGUAGAGAGCCUGAGAGUCCCAGAAGAAAGGAAUUCAGGGCUCUAUUAAGGUCACUGUCUGCUAAAGAACCGGAAAAAGCUGAAGCAUUCUUGAAAGGGCAACCCCGCCCUGGUGAUUGCGCUCCUAGCGAUAUGAAACAUACUUUUACUGCCCCAAGACUAAAGAAAGGAAAAAUUAGUACAACAAUCAUGACAUCGGAGGGCGUAAAAGAACGCGAGGAGGUGUUCUAUACAAUUCCUCUUCAAGGGCGAAGACGUCACUCAGUGGGAGGAUACUUGGAUACAGGAGGCGUUGGUGGCGGUGAAGUCACAACGGUUCCUAGCGAAGUUCCAAAAAUGCCUCCACCUCGAUUUAACCAAAAUGAUGAGGAGGUUGUCAAGAGGAGGCGGCCGAAAAACUUCUCAUUUAAAGAGAUGGAAGACAUUGCGAUUCUAUGGAGUUCAGGUUCUCCCGAGAGUGCUUUGUGGUCGGACUACCUAGUCGCAAGUUUCGACAAAAUCAUGUCACAAAGAGCCAGACAUCAUUACAGAGUUACGCCAAUAACAGCUGAGGAGCUGCUAUCGUCAGAGUCACAAGAAAAGCUAGACAAAUUGUUGAAAGCUCAACUUCAGAUUGUGAUACUUUGCCCCAACCUGGACUCGAAGCUAUCAGAUUUAAAGCGGGAAUUGAAUAUUGAAAAUUUAGUCAAAGUAGACAAAGUUUUAGUAAUGUUAUUAGGAGUCGAAAAAGAUCACGUUAUAUCUAACAAUUGUGAAGAAUACCCAACAAUCGAUCAGUGGCAAAUGAUGUCGGUGCGAGAAAAGGAUACUUCAUUCGUAGAUACAUUUCUAACAGCCGCUGUCGGGAUUCUAAGAACUAAAGACUGUAAAGAUACAGCGUCAGAUCGAACUAGUUUCUCUAUAGUGCCAAAAAAAGUCAAAAUUGGGCAAAGCCGGGUUAUAGCAUUAUUAAAUGAUCCUAUUAGGGAGGAAGAUAGCAUAAAAAUUAUGGUGGACAAGAAAGGAGAGGUUAUACAUAUUCCAACGUUCAAGAAAAGGAAUCCAUAUACACUACAAUUUGAUAUACCAGAGUCGUGUUUGGAAGUAUCAAUGCUUGUGUGGGUACGAGUAAGUAAGAACGGACAGUCGCUGGGAAGAAGACAGAUCAAAUGUGAGAGUCGUUUGAGAGAACUGGAUCAACUGCUACGAGCGUCUGAUCACCCAUUGGAGUUCAUGUGUCAGACACUCGGGUUCAAGACAACGAAUAAGGAUCAAUUGGACAGCUGGAUGCUCAACGCUUUCCAGAAAAACAUCCCGCCGCAUUUCAACCUACUCUCCUCCUCCGAGCAAUUUAACCCUAAAGCUGAUGUAUGCAGCAACGAGGAGUACCCGACGCUGCUGCACUGGGCGGCGCGGUUCGGGCUGGAGCGCGUGUGCUGGCAGCUACUGGAGUGCCCGGGCGGCGGCGCGGCGGCAGCACUGCGCAACGCGCGCCGCCGCACGCCCGCUGACCUGGCGCGCGACCACCGCCACCUGCGCCUCGCCGACAUGCUCGCUGACCACAUGAAAAUAAACGAAUUCUCAAACAUGUAUUACUACUUGAAAAACAUGUCUGACAACGACAAAGAAGAUUGUCAAGAAGAUGCAAAACAACAGGAGGAAUUGCGUAUUGUAGAGAACUGCGAUACAGUUGACUCUCCCAGCAACGAUCACCCCAAAACCUCGGGGAAUGAACCGUCCACGGAUCCCUUUAGCGAAGCAUGUACUCAAAAUUUAGAAGAACCAUUAGAAAAAGCAGAAAAAACAGAAAAGACAGAGGAAAUUGUAAAGAAACAACGACCCAAUCUAAAACUGCCAAAGUUGAAGGAACAAUUUUAUCAAAACGAUUUCUCGGCUCACGACGACACAGCGGGCAGGAUACAACAAGCCAUAGAACACGAUUACUUAGUGCAACCGUCUAAUAUAAAAGUUGAAGAAAGUCCUAAAUUCCGUCCAAAUAACUUAUAUGCUAACAGUUCGCGGCUGUUACCACAGCAGUCUGAAAUUUUCCUUUACUCACCCACCGAAGAAAGUAACAAAUCCUUCAACAUCGAAACCCCAACCAGUGAUAUAAGUCAAAUUAAUUUAAAUACCAGAGACGCGCGGAAUAGCGGUAGCCUGAAAUCGGGAAAAGAAAGCUGCCCUCUUACAGGACAAGAGGAGUUGGCAGAAAUAAUAAAUGAUUUUAAAAAUAAUGUGUUCACCAUAUCGGAAGUAGAAAAGCUUGUAAUGGAAUGGCGAAACAGAAACGAAACACAACAGUCGAUUAAAGAGAAACAAGAACAACUAAACAAAAUGAGAGAAGAGUACGACAAAAUUCAACAAAAAAUUAAGGAUAAAAUGAAAAGACCAACGCCAUUUGAUCGAGUCAAAAAAAUGUUUUCAAAGAGCAAAAGUAAAAAUCACGACAACAACACGGGCACAAUUGAAAAACGAAAUGGUAACACACGACCUAACAGCAGUUUAAGUGAUAGCUCAUCGUCUUCGGGUCGCCUGAGCACAGUGAGCGGCGGGAGCGUCGCGGAAACUAACAGCGUGCAGUCCGAACAUGACGACAAAGCCAGGUCUAUUAUGUCGAGUGCGAGCACGCUGUGCGAGGAGGCGCGGCUGGACGACUACCUGGUGCCGCCGCCGCCGCGCCCGCUCGCCGCCGCGCCGCACUUCACCACCUUCGGACACCCCAAGCACGACACCAGGGGUCAACAUAUGGCUACGAUUGUCGAACGUGAAGCGUCCGCCUCCCGGGAAAGAUUGGACUGCGAGUCGGACGCGCACAACGGAACCCACUUACGAUUGAACUUUGGCCCUCGUGAAAAGGCGGCGGGCAGAUGUGACGACCGUGAUGCCGCACACAUGUACAUGAACAUAUCUGCUACGCAUACAUAA